AUGCGUAUUCAGAUCCCUACCGUCCUGGUGGCCUUCUUUGCAAUGGUCUCCGCUGAUAAGCUGACCUGCGCCACUGAAGACAACGCAGCUCCGUGGUCCGCCAUCUCGGACGGCAUGCACUGGAUCGGCACCGCCGAGCACUCCAACCGCGGCUUCGAUGAGCAUGGCAAGCUUACUAUGGACCAUCCUGGCUCCGCAGUUCUCCCCGCCAACCGCUGCACCCGCCUUUACUGCAACAACGGUGGUGCUUUCUGGUGGUGCAACGAGGGUGAGCGCGAACGUUACAUGGGAAUCCGCAACAUCCGUGAAGGCGCUGCUGUGAUUGCUCGCGACUGCCCCAAGUACUCGAAGGAGAAGAAGACAUGGGCUGGCGGCCACCUUGAGCAUGACGACAAGUGGACCGUCUGGGUUGAGUUCGACCACGCCUGCUAA